GAGCCAGUGGGGACGGGGUUUGUGACAGUUCCGGCCCGGACCCGGUGCCUGACGCGCUGACGUGGCUCCCGGAAGUGGGGCCGGCGCUGCCUCGCCAUGUUGUCACAGGACAGUAAUGAUGACACUGAGGAUGUUUCCCUGUUUGAUACGGAAGAGGAGACAGCUAAUAGACCAAGAAAAUCCAAAAUCAGACAUCCAGUGGCAUCAUUUUUCCAUUUGUUCUUUCGAGUCAGUGCAAUUGUAGUCUAUCUUCUCUGUGAAUUACUCAGCAGCAGCUUUAUUGCCUGUAUGGUGACAAUUAUCUUGUUGUUGUCAUGUGACUUUUGGGCAGUGAAGAAUGUCACAGGUAGACUGAUGGUAGGCUUACGUUGGUGGAAUCAUAUUGAUGAAGAUGGAAAGAGCCAUUGGGUGUUUGAGUCCAGGAAGACAUCCUCUGAAGAAAAUAAAGCUGUUUCAGAAGCUGAAUCAAGAAUCUUUUGGUUAGGACUUAUUGCCUGUCCAGUGCUAUGGGUGAUAUUUGCCUUUAGUGCUCUCUUCUCCUUCAGAGUCAAAUGGCUGGCAGUGGUUAUCAUGGGUGUGGUGCUACAAGGUGCCAACUUGUAUGGUUACAUCAGGUGUAAAGUGGGCAACAGAAAGAAUUUAACCAACAUGGCAACCUCGUAUCUUGGAAAGCAGUUUUUAAGACAAAACGCUGGAGGUGAUCAGACUACCUGAGUAGAGAGGAAGCUUGUGUGUUUCUCUUACACUGGGGAGCCACGGAAGAGACUCUGGGCUGAGCCUUUUAGCACUCAGUCCAUGUUGCAAAGAGGAGUGUUGGGUUUGUUUUUCCACUUAAAACUUUAUUUGAAAAGAAGGUAGUUUUCAUCUUCAGUUUUUAUUUUCUUUCUAGCAGUUGGGGCUAGGCAGUGUGGUGUCGCUAGAAACACUGUCAGCAUUUGUUUUAUGGUGCAUGUAUGUAGUCGUGUAGUUCCAUGUGUCCCAAAUUAGUGAAGGGGUUUGUGUUCAUUUAUGUAACAGAAACCUUUGCAUUUUGAUCUGUAGAACGUGGGUGGAUGUUUUUAGUCUGUCUCAAAGCUCUGUGUGUUUAUAUAUUAUUUCUGUAGAUUAUUUUCAGAAGUAAGUUUUGAUUCCAUGGUAAGAGUGGGCACUUUGACUUGUGUAUAAGUUAUAUAUAAUUGUUAGUUUCUAGUAUGUAUUUCAUAGUGAAUUUUCUUAUCUUAGACAUAAUACAAGCAAAUAAAAAUAAAAUAUGGGCUAGUGGUGUUAAACUAGUUAACUAGCUUGUGUUUUAUUUGUAACAAGUCACUUACUUGUAAGGCCUGAUUAAUAUGAAUGGGAUCUUCACAGUGUGUGUUAGGAGAUACCCAGAGGUUGCUGCUGUUCUGUUUAUUUUGUGGAAAGGAGAGCCAGAGUCCACUUGGGAAUUUCCCAGAUGCUCUUCAGUGGUCUAGGGCUAAUAAAAUCUGUCUUUUACCACUAAAGAGUAUUAUUCUUAUGUCAUAAUGAGAAUACUCAUUUAAAUACUGGGCAUAAUAAAUGCCUAAAAGACAUUUUAUUUUAUGAAUCUAUUUUGUUUUUCUUGCUACCAUGGGGAUAUUGUAAAUCAUGCAUUUGUAUUAAUGGUACUUCUUAAAACAAUAUAUUUAAAUUAAACCAAACUGUUCUACAAACUGUUGUAGGCAUCUGUAAAUUCUGUUGUAGGUACUGUAAACUUUAUUGGAGUCUUUAGUCACCAGAUUAUGUUGUGAAUGUGUUUGUAUAUUGGUAAACAUUUUAAAAGAUA